GGAAAAACUGCAUCAGUUAGUCAACUUCGGGUGGAAGGCAAAUUACAGAACAGGACAAUUGAACUUGGACACGAAACAAAUCGGCGGAGGUCUACUUCUUGAAAAUGAGUCCAAAAUCGCUGAUUGCGUUGCUUCUACUUUGUGUUGGUGUCAACUGCCAAUCAGACGAGUCGUCAUCUUCAUCCUGGGCCAAACUCCAAAUUUCACCCAGCGAAUUGUGUUCAAUGCCCUACGGUAAUUUCAGAGUCAACAUUUACGAGCACGCGAAUAAUAACAAGGCGACGACGACCAAUGCAAUCAACAAAAAAUAUUUCUACGCUCCAAUCGCUUUACUCAAUCACAGAAGCGCACAUAGUUUCUUCAACAACGUCACACAAGAGUCCGAGGUCCGUUUCCGCAUUGAAAUGUGGAACACCAAAGUCGAGAACAAAGUCGUCAGUUAUUUGACGAAAUAUCUAAAUAUGACCAUCGAAGACAAUCAAGUACAAGUCAUUCCUUUAGAGAAAGUUGCUCUGGUCAGCACGAAAUCUUCAACCGUCUUCUCGCUGCCAACCGAUUGGCUGUUGUAUCAACAGCACCAGUCGGUCAAAUUUACUCUGUCAUGUUUCGUCAAGAAAGAUUGUGACCAAAUAGCGGCGGAUAUGCGCAGCAAUCCCCAACAAUUCGAUCAAUUCAAAUUGCUUUUCAGUUUGUCUUCGCAGAGUACGCAGACCAGACAGACGGUCAUCCGCAUCGACAACAUCGUCAAAGGACAAAUGAUGACGCAACUCAUGCAGAAAUUCAAUGAAAGCACCAAAGACGCUCUGCUAACGGCCAGCGACGAGAAGAAACUCUUGACGGAAUCGACGACCAACGUCUUGAUCGACACGUUCGACGACUCGGACGUCGUUUCCCAAAAUUCAGAGUCGCAUGUUUACAACAUGUUGGAGAGUUUACUCGUCUCAUCAAGGACGAUCAUCAGGGAUCAAAGCGAUAAAAUGUGGGAUUCGGUAUUUUGGAACGAGGACAACUAUCGACCGGACAAAACAACAAAAACUCUGAACGACAUUUACAGGAAAUUGGACAAGGAAGACCAGAAGAAGUUGAUCAACACGUUCCAAAAUACAAAUUCCUUUGAGUACGGGGCUGGAGGAAGUGUCGUGGGGAUUGGCUCGUUCGAAACGAGAUUCAAAACUGAAAUUUCCCGUCACGGUUCGACAACGAAGGAAGACAUCAACAAAUUGUUCCAGGAAAGUAAAGAUCACGGCCAGUGGGACGGAGAGAAAUUUGUUCCAAAACCUUUGAAACUCAGCAGAAUCAAUUUGUCGAAAUUGCGAGACACCCAAUCCUUACAGGAUCGCAAAGUGAACGUCAAAUACUCGACCGCCGUCCUAUCGAUGCCCAUCCAUUUCGUACAAAAUUCUGACCUGACAGUCACAGACGAGUGGCAAGAUUUGAAAGACGAAUUGAAAAAAACACAAGAACGUUUGUCUUACGCUUUAAAAUUGUUGGUGAAAAGGCGCAUCACCUUUGAAAAUUUAGAAAAGAAGCUAAACGACACCACCUCAACCGUUUUGAACUUAAACAAGGAGAUGAACGAGAGAACGAGCGUCAUUGCGGAUAUUGGUCAUAGGCCCACGUCCUGUGAUGACCUCAGACGAAUCGGACACAUCAAAAGCGGAUUCUAUUCCGUCAUGAGCCAGAGUAAAAUCCAAACUGUUUAUUGCUAUUUCUCUCGGAAGUCAAACGUGCAAAAUUUACAGAAUACGAUUGGCUAUGUCGACGUUAAAUCAGGGCCAGUUUACUUCUACGCCCAGAAAACGGCGAGCUACUUUCGUGUCAACACAAUUAUCCCAUUCGAAAAUCAACAAAUGAAUGUGGGCUAUGCCAUGAGCUACAGUGGAAUUUUUACCGCUCCUAAACCUGGCAAAUAUUUCUUUUCUUUUUCGGCAAUUUGUGAGCUAAAGACUAAUUGUCGAGUUAACUUACAAAUGAAGACUAAAACAUCCGACUGGUUUAAAAUCGCACAAGGCUAUGGUGAAUCAGCUUUUCAUACUUUAACGCUCCAGUCCAUCAUACAACUGAAUAAAGGCGACCAAAUUAGUUCAAUGUUGAGGGAAGGGGCAAUUAAUGAGAGUUCUAAUAAAAAUAACGGCCCAUUUACGCAUUUUGUUGGAUGGAUGAUAGAGGAGGAUAUCUUUUGAAUAGAUUCAGAUUGAAUCUUAAAAUUGCUAGUUGAAUUAACGGAUUAAGAAAUUUUAGUGAACUAUUCACAAAACCUCAUGUCACGUAUACAAGAGGAUAAAAAAUUAUUUCAAGUGGCUAGUUAUACCUGGUAUGAUAUGCUGAUUUAGGUCAUAAAGUUAAUAAUAAA